AUGAGUGCUCUGUGUGUGAGAUGUUCAUUGUGGCAAGGUUUUUUCACUUGUUGGGUUUUAGUAUCCUGGCAACUAACUUAGAAACAAAGCAAAUAGAGGGACCAAGAGGAUUUCCAAAUGCUUUACCAUUUCACUGGAAAGCUGAGGAAGGUCUGUGCUGGUCAAACUCCAGAAUGGCUACAGAAACCAGCAAUGUUCAGAAUUUGUCCUCAAAACAGGAUGCUUUAAAUGCAUCUGUAAAGAAAAGAAUGAAGCAACUAGAAGAUCCAGUGUCCAGUACCUUCAACCAUAAGGACAUACUGAAAAGCAUGACUAAAGCUGGGGAUGUAUCAUUUAAUAACCCUCUACGUUUUAUUGAUGAUGCUGUAAGGCCUCCAUCCAAGGGCAGUCCUCGGUUUGGGACUCUGAGUCAUCAUUCCUUCUUCUCCAGGCACAACCCGCAUCCCCAUAGAGUGACUCACAUUCAAGGUCUGAAUGGAAACCCUGUGUGCAUGGUAAAUGACGACUGGUAUGCUUCUACCCCUCUGUGUCCACACCCUUUAAUUAGAAGCCAGUUUCCCAUGACUGUUUUGGGAGCUCCAGGGUUGGAGUUGCCCUUUGGAGAGCUUUACGGAGGUGGUACACAAAUACAGGGCACAGGUUUGCUGUCGGAGGCCUGGAGAGAGGAGCUUAAAGAUCUUGCAGCUAAAGUCUGUCUGGCAGGCCCUUUUGAAAAAGAGGAAAGGAAAGUAGAAGAAGUACUGGUACACAGAGUUACACAGUACUCUGAACAGACUGGUCGAAUAAUCCCACCAUCAUCACGAGCUGCAAGUCGCCGUUCAAACCAGGCUUCAAGAAGACAUGCCCGAACCAAGGGUCAAUUUCCAUCUGCAGCUAUCUGCAAUCAGGAACUUGUGGUUCUGGAACUGCUCUGUCAAAUUCUCCAAACUGAUUCUUUAUCUCAAGUUCAGCAAUGGUUACUGUCAGCAGGGCAACGUGAGAAAGACAUGGUUAUGGGAAUGAUCCAAACUGCAGUGGCAAACAGACCCUUUGACCAUCAACAAAUUGGUGAGAAUCCGGAAAGAUUUAUCACUCAGAUGUCUCCACUGGCGCGUAGUUCCUCCUGCCCCUUGACUACUGGACACAACAUGAACAAAAACCUGCUAAAUCGAUUCUACCAUGAACAGAAGCCCAAACCAAUUAAAGAAGAGGAGAUGCCAG